AUGGGAUCUGUAGAAAAAGUAGUUGGAAGUGAUAUAGUUAUAAUAUGGCUUGAUGAUCAUAUUGGUCAAACUAAUAAUUGUACUGAACUUAAACAAGAAUUUGAAUCAAAUACAACUAAUAUUUAUCUAUUUCAUGACGUUGAUCAAUGCAUUAAUUUUUUACAAUCAAUUCGAAAUAAAAAACUUUUCUGUAUUACUCAAGGUAGACAUGCACAAACAAUAACACCACAUAUAGAAAAUCUUUUCAAUUCACCGGUGGUUUAUAUUUUUUGUUUACACGUAUCUGCUCUUGCUGAAUGGGCUCAAAAUUACGAUUGUAUACUAGCUGGUGGUAUAUAUGAUCAUGAAAGAGAUCUUUUAGCCAGAUUAACACAAGAUUUAGCUGGUUAUGCUGCUAUAAAAGCUCAGGAAUAUAAUUUCAAAAGACAAGCAUGUGAAGAAUGGGCAGAAAAUUUAACCAAAAAUGCAAAACGAUUUCGUACUGAACAGUGUACUUUAACAUUUAGCACAGAUCCGACUGAUGAUAAUAAGGAAACACCGUGUGAACAACCAGAAUGA